GCUGCUGAUUGUCUACCCCUGGACCCAGAGGUUCUUCGCUUCCUUCGGGAACCUCUCGGGUGCAGCUGCCAUCUCCGGCAACCCCAAGGUCCAAGCCCAUGGUGCCAAAGUGCUCACCUCCUUCGGGGACGCCAUCAAGAACCUGGACAACAUCAAGG